AUGGUGGGAGGCCUGCGUCAGCAAGGUCGUUUGAAGUUGAAGGGUGCGAAAGACUCAAACGUGGAUGACCAAAAGCCAUGUUCACAUGUAGCGCUACGAGAAGAUAAUGUUGAAAUCCUCCACUCCAAAGCCCUUUGGGCUGAGGCAGCUCCAAGCUUGCGUAGUGUCAACUAA